AUGGAGGGCUGGGCGGCCUGGUCGCACCAGCGCGGGCCUGGGUCGUUCUGGGCGAAGCACGAGCCGGCCUUCCAUGCUUACGACUACGGAGCAAAUAUCGAAAUCGAGGUAAACGAUGAGCUCUGUAAUCUGCCGCGAGAGAGACACUACUCGAUAGACGAGGAUAGCGAGGAUGAAAUUGACGGAUACGAGUGCUUAGAGGAGAGCAGUGACGAAACACACCAGCUAGAGGAGCUCUCUAUAACGGACGAUAGGAAACUGGUGUCUGAGUUGGAGGCGCGCUUCCACCUAGAGAGCAUAACCGCCGUGUCAUACGCGCUCGCCGUCUGUAUCAAUAGCGACUGGGUAGUAGCCGACAACAAUAGCGAAGCCAGUCAGGCAGAGACGAGGAGCCUGCUUAUCGACAGGAACAUGAUCACGAGGGAAUUCGCAAGCGCUCGGGACUACACGUUCUAUCCGCAGGCAUUCCAUCCAGGCUACUCGAACAUCAAGCGUAGCGUCCGUCACAGCCCCCACGACCUGUUGGCAACGAAGGGCUAUGCGACAGCGGCGCUAACCGUACCAACGUCAGACGCCGGGGCCACAUGGGCUACAAGCCAAAAGCGCGAACGACUAUUACGCAUUGUCCGCGGACCGGACGAGUCUAAACCCUUCGCAAGAGAACGACAGCAGAUCAACGUUGCGAUCGGGGCCGAGGAGGUUGCCUUCCGGCUCGAGCAGGUAGUCUCCCUGGACAUGCGGCGUAUGGUCGGCGGACAGCGGACGUUCGAAACCGUCAUCAGACCCAUCUUCCAGAUGAUGCGGUUCUUCCUCGUCGAGCACGAGUCGUACGUACACAUCUUCCGGUCUAUGCCGCUCGAGAUAUUCCCCCGGAUCAUGUGUGCCUACUCCAGGCUUUUCGAGGUCGUCAUCGGCGAGAUGGAGCGCCAGUUCGUCAUCGGAGGGGAACAGGGGCUUGAUCUCGCGCGCUCCGAGGCGGUCGCCGUUAUCGAUCGCCUAGGCGGUUAUAUGUUCUCGGGCCACCCGCGGCACCUUCCCAAGACUAUACUGCGGCCGCUCGGCACGCUCGGAAGCCUCUGUGCCGGGGGCUGGCCCUUCAUCGACCCGGCCGUCUUAAACCUCGGAGCUUCGGGGUCGUCAGGAGGGGCAGUCAUCAACAUGUCUUAG